GGGCCUACGACCCUUCUUGGCCCAGCCACGAACUAUCGGCUGGGGCAUUUGCUGCAUCAACGUCUCUUAUUAAAAUCGGAGACUCACAUCUGGGCUUGCCUUAGUCGGCUUCAACUUUGUGGUGAAUCCCAAGGAAAACUCUCGACUUCACCUGUGAUCGGUGUUCUGCCGAGUCCCAUUUGGAUCCCCAUUGUGUUUAAUGAAUCCAGCUGGAUCCCCAUUGUGUUUAAUAAACACUGCUGAAGAAGGAGGAGGAGGAGGAGGAGGAGUAGUAGUAGCAGUAGCAGCAGCAGCAAGAAGAUGCAGAAGAAGCAAGAAGCACGAAGAACGAAGAACGAAGAACGAAAGAAGAAAGAACAAGCAAGAAUCCAUGUGGUUGCCACUUUAGUCUCUGACUCCAUUCUCACCAAAGGGUAGGGGUCCAAAUCCCCACCGACUUACCACUUUAGUUUAUGACCGUGAGGAUGGUGAGCUUGUGCUGCAGCCAUAUCCGUGAGGUCUUGUGAUCUCCGUGUGGUUGCUUUGGGUGGUCAUGGUUAUGUUGAAGCUCUUCCUAUGGAUGGGAAACCACCAGAUCUGAGGACUCAAGUGGAAGAAUAUGGUGGUGGUUCUGGUUCUGGCAACAAGGCUUGUGCGGCUGGUUAUGGUGGUCACAAGGAUGGAAAAGAUGUUCCUGAAUCUGGUGUUUACGACAAGGAGGAUUAUCGUGCUGUGGUUUCAAUCUGUGAAGGAGGAUUUGGGGUUUGGGUAUUGUGUAUUGACUGGAUCUGGUUAUCAUUCAAUGGCUAGAUCUGGAAGUUCUCUUGUUGAUGCUUCUGGCCUUCGUGACCAUGGUUUCACACAACUCUCUGCUAUGGAUCUGCUAAACUAUUGUGAAGGUCAAGCUAGAGGUUAUGCUGAUGAAUCUCAUAGUUUAGAUGCUGGUUUAAACCUGGUUGGGGGAGAUCGAGGUAUUGUUAUACCUGUUGAUCCUGCUGGAGAUGUUCAAGGGCUUGCCUCUCGUGAAGUCUCUGUUGAUGUGUGUGUUCACCAUAGAUCUGAUGAUCAAGAUGAAUUGGGUGAGACCCGUGACUGUUUUUUGGGUGCGCAUCAUGAGUCUUUCAAAGAUCAUCGUGCCCUUUAUUUGGAUACUGCUGAUUCUUCAAUUAAGUCUAUUACAUCUGAUGCUGCUGGUAUUCUUCGAAUAUGGUAGAUAUUUCUGAUUUUGCCUCCUCAAAAUUGUUAGGUGGACUUAUUCAUCACAAGGUUUCUGGUGUUGUCAAUGGGCCUGGUCUUGUCCAUGAUCGUGAGGCUUCUUGUGCUCGUGAUAAGGGUAAACAUGAUGUACCUUUGACUGAGCAUGAUGUUCUUGCUAUGGGUGCCGAUGGUUCUGCACAUCGGCUUUCUAAGGAUGUUAGUGUUAAUGCUUCCUCAAAUUUGCACAAUAGUUCUGGUAUUUUGAUCACAAAUGCUGUUCGCAGCAGUGGUAUUGGGUUCAAUGGUGUUCUUACCAGCAGGAAUUGUCGUCAAAGGAACAGCCGCACUUAUGGUCCUAUGGAGGAGAAUGUUAAUAAUGCUAAAGCCAUCAUAGGCAAAGGCAAAGGCAAAGGAUCUGCUGCUGAUCCUAUUUCUCUCACAACUAUGAAUUGUAAUAACUCUUAUAAUCUUUCCAAUGGAAAGGAGGAGUUCCCCCCCUUGUUAGCUGCUCCAAAGAAUGGGGAGGUCAAGGAUUGGGGCCCUAGUAAUUGUUGGGACUUGGGUAAGUCCAAGGACCUUUUGUUUGGUCAUAAAGGGAUUCAAAAUGGUAUGUGUUAUUUUGAGAAUCUCGAACUUACUCCAACUGAAACAAUCAAUGAAAAGUGUUACAUGAAAAUUGAAGAGGAGCUGGUUGAAUCCUGCUUGGAAGAAUGGGACAAUUGUCUUUUUGGAUUUUUUUGGGUCGCAGACCUGAAUGGAGGUAUAUGAAGGACAUGUUGCAAAAAAAGUGGAGGUUGAAGAAUAACCUUGAAAUUUUCUCACUUCAAGAUGGUUUUUUAAUUUUUUGUUGUAAAUCUAUGGAGGAAAUGGAGAUAGCACACACUGGUGGACCAUGGCUUGUCAAUAAAAAAUGCUUGGUAUUGCAGGAGUGGGACCCUUCAGUUCGACCCUCGAGACAUACAUGACAGGAAUUCCUAGUAUGGAUUAAACUUCCUAACCUUCCUCUUGCUUUGUGGGCACCUGGGAUAUUGUUUAGAAUUUCAUCCAGUGUAGAAAAGCCUAAUUUUAUGGAUAAACUGACGCAGCUCAGGUCUCGGGCUGAGCCUAGGAUCUGUGUUGCUAUGGAUUUGAAUAACCCUUGUUUGAAAGAAGUUUGGUUUGAUAUCAUGGGCAAGGAAUAUUGCCAACAGAUAAUAUAUAGUUUAUUCCAACUUCUUGUCUCAAGUGUAAUCGACUUGGCCAUAGUGCUGAGUUAGGUCGUGCAUCCUUGGUUUCAAAGGUUCCAUUGAAGUCCAAAGGGGUAGCAAAGAAUAGUAGUGAUUCUAGUGUUGUUUUGCCCUCGGGUGAGGAGGGUAGGAAGGUUGUGAAGGGAAGAAAGCAACUUGUAUAUAAAAAGGAGGUGUCUUCAUCUUCUAAUGGAUUUCAGGUUUUGGCUGAGCAUAAUAUUGAUAAUGGUGAGACGAAUUUGGGUGCUGCUGUUCCACACCAGCAUGGUGCUAUUUUGGAAGGCCUCGAGCAUGGUAAGGCAAAUUUGGCUAUUGCUGCCCAAUCUAUUGUUGAGUGUGGUGUGGGCCCUAAUUUGGGAGACACAAGUUCAAUUGCUGGGUACUUUGGAGCUGAGGCUUUGACGAGAGUAGCAGCUGCUACUACUUUGGAGGCAAGAGAACAUUCGGGUGUUGAACAAGUGGAUUUGUUGGGCGUUGUUGAGAUUGGUGUCAUGAACAAGACGGUUGUUGCUCCUCUUAAUGAGCAAAGAGCCUCUACGAAAGUUGUCCCUGAUGCAACUGGUUGUGAGCAGGAGCAAGUAACCGCUGAUUUUCAACAGUUGGCAGUUGUAGACGAUGUAGGAGAGAAAACCUGGUUGUGACUGAUGUUGGUUCUUUGGAGGAUAAUCCGUUGCCUCAAGUGAAACAUAUGGAUGUUAGUGAUGGUAUGGGUGUGUCUAAUGCUCUCAUGGUAGAUUAUCAGCAGCAAAUUGACGUUGAAAACCCCACAGUCACGUCAGUACUAAAAUCUGGUAUGGCUUUGCCAGAUGGGGAUGAUAUAGUGGAAUGUCCUAGCAAGUGAGUGCAAGAUCAGGCUUUCGGUAAGGGACAAAAUAAAGUUCUAACUCGGCUGCAAAAAUAAAAGGGUCUUUAUUGGUUAUUGGCAGAAAGAAGGGGAUUCCUGUUAAGGCUCAAUGUGUUCCAUCAGCUAAUGAAGCUGCAUAGUUGGAUUUAUAUGGACUCUAAACUCCACAUUUAAAGAAGAUUGCAGUUAAGGUCCUAAGACAAACCUAUUCCUCCUCUAGAUGUGAGAGAACCUUGAGCAUGUUACAGUGGAUUCAUACCCUAAGGAGGAACAAGUUGAAGAUAGAGAGGCUGUGUCAGCUGCUUUAUGUGCCCUAUAAUCACAACCUAAUGCAGAGGAUGCUAAAGAGGGAACCCUCAUGUUACGACCCAAUUAACUUGGACUACAUUUUUUAAGAGGAUCUUACAGAGGAAUGGGUGGUAGAGGGGAAGCAAUGGGAGGGGCAGCCACCGACGGUGAACAUGGAGUAUUUAGAAGAACAAGUUCAAGAUUUAGAUGAUGAUGUGGAAGCCUUGGGGAAAGACGUGUAGGAAAAAGAGGUGGGCGACAUCCAUACACGAUAGAGAGAUGUAGCUGUGGGGAUCGUAGCCCAUCUGGUGAGAGCCGCAGCAAGCGUUUAUGCCAGCGUCAUGGCAAACAACAUACUCAAGGUACUGAGGGGCAAGGCGCCGCUGGUGAGGGAGGGUGCGAUGAUAAUCCAAUCGGGAGGGAGCAUGAGGGCCGGAUGAGUCUUGGGGACUAUAGCUUAAAGAACAGUUUAUCGAAUAUUCUUGAUUGGUAGUGGGGCACAUCCGGGACUUAAUAAAAUGAUAGUUUCUUGAUGAUAGUGAGAUCGAUUGAAGUUCAAUUAGCGAAUCAAGGAGAUUGUCUAAGUCGUUCGUGUUCGACAAUGCCGACAAGACCACAAGAGUUGGUGUCAAAUGUGCACAUGUUCUCUUGUUUCCUUGGAUAUUAUGGUGUUAAACCUGUCUUCGACCACUGGUGUUACACUUUCAUUUUUGAUAGUUGAUUCUUCACGGAGUUGGAUGAAGAUGAACAAGGGAAUAAACCUAGAUUUCACUUUAUGAAAGACAAUCGUUGCUAUGCUAGAUUGGUAAGCAGUCAUGCUAAUUUUAACAUUUUUAAGCAUCUGAACGCGAUCACAAAAUGACUUUUAGGCAUAUACACGUUUAUGACUUUAUGUAACAAGACCAUCAAAAGGAUAAUGUUAGACAACCAAGAGCCAAAAUAUUUUCUAAAUAAAAUAAUGUCACAGCAAGAUAACUUUAGAUAAGUCUAUCCCAUGCAACUAAAAAUUACUUUAACCAUGAAAACAAAUCAAGUAAGAGACUAGAAAAAGAAUAUCAUACAUCUGAGAACUUCUUACUACAAAACCUCCCUUCUAGAUAGCCUUUCAGCAUCAAGGGCCCUCUUUCAUUGCAGCAACCCACAUGAUCUGAAAAUAAAGAGAUAAAAUACCACUUUAAGCAUUUAGCUGAAAAGCAAAAGACUAAAGAAAUGUGUUUCAAUAUAGAGAGAAAAUGCACAAUUAUGCUCGUAUUGCUUGCAACAAAGAAAUGUCUUCGCGGUGAACUGCUCACUAUCAUCAUUGAUGUCUUGGCGAUGAACUGAUCACUAUCUUUCACCUCUGCCACAUAUGGCACGGCAACACGAUGGGCAGAACCAAUCUCCUUCAGGCAAAUCCUACAGAAAAGCCACAUAUCAGAUUA